AGUCAUGGCCAGAUAUAUACCUCUAGAGUAUAGAGUUGGUGAAAUGUCUGAAGGUGAAACAGCAGACACCCCGACCAUUGUCUCCUCUGAUCUGACGGAGACACAUAUUGAUGUCGAUCCCCGUCUUACUGAAUGUCCUGUCUGUCUGGAACAACUCCGACACCCGAACUCACUGCCAUGUCUUCACACCUUCUGUGAGGAAUGUCUAAACGUCUACAUCACAAAGGAAUCCGAUACUCCCAUCGUGUCAUUCCCUUGUCCAGUGUGCAGGGCGGAAACCAUUCCAGUGGACCCCAAGGAGGAAAAAGGAAACUGGGCCAAGCAAUUUCCUACCAACAACUUCAUCAUUGAAAUGUCUAGAGGAUAUGCUAGAAAAUCACUGAUACACGAGUGUGAUCCUUGUAAGAAAAGAGAUGUGAGGAAUAUUGCAGCGAAAGUUUGGUGGAAAGAGUCAAACUGUUUUUAUGUGAUACGUGCCUUGAUAAGGUAAAAGACCUUCAAGGCAUCAUCGGU